UACCUACUCACUGGCACGACUUGUGAUGAUGCCCUCGCCUCAAUCUGUUUCCAUUAUUACGAUACACACAGCAACGCUUUUGAUGAAAAAUGUAAAUCAUGCCCGUCGCGUUUGUUUUGCAUUUGCAGUUGGUUUCAGGAAUGCAGACAAUUAACACCGCCCUCUAACGAUCUCUCCCGUUUUUGCUCUCUUUCUCGCCUGCCCUACAGGACCCGUCGCCGUUCCGGCUCCAGCAUCGUCGUCCUAGGCGGUGAUGAUACCCUGAAGCCCAGCUUGCCCAUUGAUGACUAUCAGGAGGACUUUGAAAUGUACAAUAUGAUUUCGGCCAAUCAGGAUAAUGGACCACAUCGGGAGAUGGCAGUAGACGUACCUGAAUCAUUCAUAGCUCGCAACAAAACACCGCCACGAUAUCCACCACCACGCAGCACAACACAGGUAAAUCAUGUCACCACCAAUGCCAUGCCACAAGUACCGAAACAUGUAAACGGAGGUGUCUCCUUGGAGUUGGAACCUCUUGACGGGUUCAGCGAUAAAAAUUCGUCCUCGCUCGACAGUAGCAAUGAGUUUUACAAAAAGAACUCGAGCAAGGGGUCGUCUUCGCUGGGAUCGGUCUGUGAGUCGAUCGGGUUCGACUCGAUCAACUAUCUGAAAGCCUCAAGAGGUUCACUCAGCACAAGGAGCUCCUCUUCGGGCGACCUUGGGCCACCCGAGUAUGAGAUCGGUCCGCAUCGUGAGCUCCCCGUAGACGUUCCGGAUAGCUUUGUUGAAGUAAUUAAGGCACCACCCCGCUAUCCACCACCUAAAGCAUUGAUCAUUAAAGAGGUUGUCAAAAAGAAAGAAUCAUCUUCAUCUGACGAAUCCAUUGAUAAGCCAAAACCGCAACCGCAAGCACCAACGCGCAACGAGCUGAAUGGUUCAGUGAAACCGAUCCCACCUCCACGCGAUCACCUGCGGAUAGAGAAGGAUGGUCGGCUUACGAACCGCGCUCCGGUGCCAGCGCCACAAGUGCCAGAUCGGAAGGUUGUACCGGGUACACCUCAACAGCAACACCCCCUGCAACAGCAGCAGCAGCACAUUGGCCAGGUCGUGGAACCGACACCCGAUCAGCUGGAUAGCAUCAAGAAGUUCCAGGUUAGUUGAUCAAUCAUAUACCUA